AUGUCAAUGCAGGUUUUCAAGUCUUUGAUUGAUCGCAGGAUCCAAUCCCUCUUCCCAAUUGUGUUGUAUUCAAUUCUAAUCUUAGGAAGUGCAAGGUUAGUCCUAGACAGUUUGAAAAUCAACCAUAGCUGUGUUUCCAGGCUCUAUAGCAGGCCACAUGGUGGAAGGAAUGGAUUGCCUAUUGUAGUUUUGCCAAAGGAUCGAAUUGAGGAAGAUUGCAAUGUAUUUGAAGGGACAUGGUUGUGGGACAAUAUGUCAUAUCCCCUUUAUGAAGAAGAGAGUUGCCCUUACCUGGUAAAGCAAACCACUUGCAAGAAAAAUGGGAGACCUGAUUCUUUCUACAAGAAUUGGAGGUGGCAGCCUAAUGGAUGCAACCUUCCAAGCUUUGACGCUUUGAAGUUGUUGCACAUGUUGAGGGACAAGAGAAUGAUGUUUAUUGGAGACUCAUUACAAAGAGGUCAAUUUGAGUCUAUGGUCUGUUUGGUACAAUCCAUAAUUCCUGAAGGAAAGAAAUCCCUCCAUAGAAUUCCACCAAUGAAGAUCUUCAAACUUGAGGAAUUCAAUGCAUCGAUUGAGUACUAUUGGGCUCCAUUCAUUGUGGAAUCCAUUUCAGAUCAUGCCACAAACCAUACAGUACACAAACGAAUGGUGAGGCUAGACUCCAUUGCUAAUCAUGGCAAACAUUGGCAAGGAGUGGACAUUUUGGUGUUUGAGAGUUAUGUUUGGUGGAUGCACAAGCCUUUGAUCAAUGCUACAUAUGGAUCACCAGAUGAUGUCAAAGAAUAUAAUGUCACCACAGCAUACAAGUUGACUUUGGAAACAUGGGCAAAUUGGUUAGAAUCUAACAUCAAUCCACUGACACAAAAGGUUUUCUUCAUGAGUAUGUCUCCAACACAUUUGUGGAGCUGGGAAUGGAAGCCAGGAAGUAAUGAAAACUGCUUCAAGGAGUCAUACCCAAUCCAAGGUCCAUAUUGGGGCACUGGCUCAAAUCUUGAGAUCAUGAAGAUAAUACAUGAUGCACUACAAGUACUGAAAAUAGAUGUCACCCUCUUGAACAUUACCCAAUUAUCAGAGUACAGAAAAGAUGCUCACACGUCAGUUUAUGGGGAGAGAAAGGGCAAGCUCUUGACCAAAGAACAAAGAGCCAACCCAAAAGAUUUUGCUGAUUGCAUUCACUGGUGCUUACCUGGAGUCCCUGACGCAUGGAAUGAAAUCCUAUAUGCAUAUCUGUUGAAGAAUUAUGAAAACUUUUCUUGACAAAGAUACCAUUAGAGAAGGCACAAGCAUCUCUCAAAUGAGGGGCACACUCAAAAGUUUUCAUUAAUUCAUCAUUCUAUUUCUCAUUUACAAAGUUCAGCAAAAUUUGGAGCUCAAAUAGAAAUAGAUUAAUUAGCUGUUAAUAUGAAGUCGAUAUCUAUAUAUACCAAGGAAAACACUUUCUAUGUAUGCAAUUUGAGAAAUAAAAAUUAGAACAAAAAACAGCUUUGCAUAGAACCAAUGCAGCAUUGAAAAUUGUGACCACAAAUAAUUUAUUAUUUAUUAGCAUAUUCGUCA